UGUACACAUUUCUAUUGCAGAUGGAAAAUUUCAGCAGCUUAAAAUAGCCAUAUUCUGUUGACCAAGAAAAGAGGUUUUAAUAGUAUUGAGAGUGAAAAGAAUAGAGGAUUUUGAAAUAAGGAUUUUAAUUUGGGUUAAUUAGAAUCGUGGGAACGCAAAGUGCGUACUGUGGUUCAUUUUGAGAUACUCAGGGUUAGAAGUUGCCAUCUGGGUGGGAGGCCGGAGAAAUCAUCGAUAAAAAUUGAAGUGGGAUUGGAACAUACUGGAUCUUUUCUGAGGGAAACAGAAUAGAGACUAUCAGUUAUUUAAUAAGAAGGGGAAAGCAAGUAGUCGAAAGACUGAGUAACUAGAAUUAUAUUGGGGCUUGUGGUAGUGUGAUUCAGUAUGCCAUUGGACAUUUACUUGAUACACUAUUUCAUGUAGGUAAUUUAACUCUAGAGGGAGAGAAAAUACUCUGAUUUUAUAGUGGACUCAUGAAUACCGUCUAAGGCUAUAUGAGGUGGGGUUUUAAACUCAAGCUUACGGGGAGCAGGCAAGUAAUAUGAAUAUAGGCAGCAGGCUGAUGGGGACUGAGGUGGCCUAGAGAAGGCAAGCUUGGCUACCCGGGGACAGUGCCUCUCUGCACUAACUAGCUAAUUGUUCCCCAUGUAGGACCAUGGGCCAAGUGUUGCCAGAUCACCCUUUUAUCAAGAGGAGCCACAAAUCUUUUGAUUUUUAAAUGUUGACUUUAAUUCAAUUUAAAAAUGAAAGCAAAACAAAACACUAUAUUCCAAACAGAGCACAUCUGUGGCUGCAUGUGGCGUAUAGGUUGUCUGCUUGCAGCCUCUGCUCUGAGGAGUCAUGGGCUCAAUUAUUUAAAUAUUACUAGUUGAUCAGAAGGUAUACUUUUAUUUAUUUUUGUCACAUGGUAACUCAGAUUUUUUCCUAGAGUUCCUUGAUAUUUUAGCUAGUUCUAGAAGUGCUGGCAGUAAUCUGAGCAGUGACACUCUUUAUUUCAUUCUUUUUGAUAUCAUUUGGAUAGAAAGACUAGUUUGCACGGAAAGGAGAUAUUUGCUAAGGUUCUUUGCUGGUGGUGUUUUUUUUUUUGUCUAUGCAUGAUUAUCAUCUGGAGUGUUUAAGUGUGCCUGAGGGAAGGGGUCUGGAUUGGGUGACCUUUGAUGUCCAUUUCAGCCAUGUGAUUUUUAGAUUUAAUUAGCCACGGAUGCAAUACUGUUAAUAAUGUUCCUGGGCCAGAGGGACUGCAUUUGGAGCUGUGCCAAGCAAAAUCAAGCCAGAUCUAUAAAGCUGUUCUCAGUGGAAGAGCACUGUGUCAGUGUGGAUUAACACACAGGGCAGUCUGCUGGAUGAGAUUUGAAGACCCGACUUCUCGUCACCCACUGGAUUAUGCCCAAGUCUUUCCUACCCAAUGAUCCUCUUGCAACACGCUGGGCUUCCUCCGCCUAAGCAGCCCUCAUCCUCUCCUCCUAUGUCAGUGGCCGCCAGGUCUACAGGAACCUUGCCGCUUCCGCCGCAGAAGCCUUUUGGGCAGGAGGCUUCCUUGCCUCUGGCAGGGGAAGAAGAGUUACCUAAGGGAGGGGAGCAAGACACUGCCCUGGAGGAGCUAUGUAAGCCCCUGUACUGCAAGCUCUGCAAUGUCACCUUGAACUCAGCACAGCAAGCCCAGGCUCAUUAUCAGGGUAAAAAUCAUGGUAAGAAACUCCGAAAUUACUAUGCAGCAAACAGCUGUCCUCCUCCUGCCAGAAUGAGCAAUGCAGUGGAACCUGUGGCUACUCCAGCUGUUCCAGUCCCUCCGCAGAUGAGCUCCUUUAAGCCAGGAGGCAGAGUGAUUCUGGCCACAGAGAAUGAUUACUGUAAGCUCUGUGAUGCCUCCUUCAGUUCUCCGGCUGUGGCCCAGGCUCACUAUCAAGGGAAGAAUCAUGCCAAGAGGCUGCGGCUCGCGGAAGCCCAGAGUAACUCAUUCUCAGAAUCCUCAGAGGUUGGUCAACGGCGGACCCGGAAAGAAGGGAAUGAAUAUAAGAUGAUGCCUAAUAGGAGAAAUAUGUAUGCAGUACAGAAUAAUUCAGCAGGUCCUUACUUCAAUCCCCGCUCUCGGCAGAGAAUUCCACGUGAUCUGGCCAUGUGCGUUACUCCAAGUGGCCAGUUUUACUGCUCCAUGUGUAAUGUUGGGGCCGGCGAAGAAAUGGAAUUCCGGCAACAUUUAGAGAGCAAGCAACAUAAAAGCAAGGUGUCUGAACAGCGGUACAGGAAUGAGAUGGAGAAUCUGGGAUAUGUAUAGUGAUUGUCAUAUUCAGAUAGAGCAGCUUGUCCUGCCUGUUGUUAGCCUUCUGUCAACAUGUUCUGCUUUGUAGUUCUUUUGAUAUGAGUACAUUCCUCUGCUUAAUGUUAAUACACGUAACUUGCAGUGGUACCAUGAGGUGUCAAAACUGGGGAAGGAAGAGAACAUGCUUAAGUCAUGAUGCUUUUUCAGGUCAGUUGUGUUGAGCUGCUUAAAGCCUGUGACCUACCUACCCCAUGAUAAAUAACUUUUUAUCUUGACCAAGUCCUGGUCAACUAGUAGCCUGACCACUUAGAGCUUUAGCUAUUUAAAAACUUCAUCUUUUUUUUGCAAUUUUAGUGUUACAUACUGCUAAAUAAAUAAUUUUAUUGAGUUCUUGCUUCAGAUCAUAGUAAAAACAGAUAAGCAAAGAUUUUAGUUUCCCAAGGCUUCUUUGGAAUCACCACCUCAACUCAAUGCAUUGUCAGUAGGAUAUACUAUGUAAAACUGCAUUAGAGUCCUUCCCAGGACAGUUUUUCUCUUUAUCAUGUCCUCCAAUUAUUGAAAUGCAGGUUUUCUUGGAUUCAGACAGUUCUGAUGUGCUUGUGUACUUCCAAACAGUGAAACUUCAUUUCCAGUUGUGAAUUUCACAAAUUUAAAUUCACCUUCUUCCCGCCUCUUUUUUCCUCCCAGUUGAAUUAGCUUAUCCAAUAAGCUCAUUUUCAUGCCCCAGCUAUGUUGUGGGUUUUCCAAGCCCCACAUUUGAAUAUCCAAUGAGUUUAGAAUAGAUGUGAUUUUUUU